AGAAAUGACAGAGUUGCACCAGGCAGCUGCUGCUGGAGACUUUGAUCUAGUGGAGGAGAUUCUGAACAAGAAGAAAUGUAACCCCAAUCACAGAGACCUAGACUGGAACUACAAGACACCGCUUCACUGGGCAGCAGCCAAAGGACAGACAGAGAUUGUUAGAAUUCUGGUGGAGCACGGAGCCAGAGCCUGCCUGAGAACUGAUAGUGGAUGGACACCUGCCCACUUUGCAGCCGAGGCUGGGAGACUUGGAGUGCUGCGCCUGCUCCACUCAUUACACGCCCCCAUAGACAAAGAGGACUUCUCUGGUGAUAAACCAGUCAGAAUAGCAGAAGUCUAUGGACAUAAUGACUGUGUUCGAUUUCUUGAAAGUGCAGAGCCAGAGUGCAGGAACUACCGCCAGAUGGCAGUGUUAAACAGCUUUCCAUUGGACGACACGGACAAGGAAUGGGAGGAGCAGAGAAGAUAGGAACAAAACAGGACUGGAAAACAAGGGAUUACCUCAUUAACAAAAACAUUAUUGGGAAAACAGUAAUAUAGUUUACCCGAACCAAUUUUAAAAAAUGUUACACCACGAAAAAUACAGACAUUACAUACAUUUCAUUGGCCAUACAGUAUGAAAAACUGUUCUGGAAACAGCUGUAGGUUACACAUGAUGCAAUUCAUUUUCCAAAUGAUCAAUUCCUAUGAUGUAAUUCUCCAUUCUACAUAACAUCUAAUAUAUAGGCUAUAUUACAACAGAAAAAUAAGGCCACAAUUCUAAUAAAUGAUACAUGUAGGACAUUGCACAUACUUUCUCAGUGUCAGAAUUUCAGUUGAUUAGUAUGGGGUUUAAUUUAAUGUAAACUAAUCCUAGAUGAAUAAACAGUAUUGAUAUACAACGUAUCUAAAAAAAAGAAACAGAAUUGUCAAAAUGGGAUAAAAAUAUCAUUUCGUCUUCAUCGUGGAUGCCAGUUUGGAACUUUCACUCACUGCUGACUGUACCUGCUGGUGAAGAGUGAAAUAGAUAAAUAAUCAAUUAGCUAUGACAUUACAUCCAGUUGGUUUAGACCAAUAAAUAAAUUGUGAUUUGUAAACUCACUUUUAUGUUGAAAUAUUUCAUUAGUGCAACACGAAUCUGUUUGGAAGGAAUACAUAUUGUUUUUAUUGUAAUGGGUUUUUGUUUUGCUACAUAUUUCAGUCUCAUUCAUCAGGUAUUGUUGCCUGGUUUCCCAUCCACAUCACUCCUCCAGCCAAACGCCACACCCACUAAUGUUUCUUCUCCAACUGAGUGGGUGCGUUAAGUUAGAUUAAACUUUUGCAUGGUUGUGUAAACAGUUUGUACUGAAUGACACGUUUCCCCAAAAUGUUCUCGAACUGACUGAGGUAUGUUUUCUCUGUUUGGUGGGUGCGGUGUGGCUUGAAGCAAUAAGUGAUAUAUUUACAGGCCAGCAGCCAUGCUGACAGCGUUUCCCAACCCACAACCCAAUAAAUGAUUUGAUAUUCAGAUAAAAAUGUCUGUAUUGGACCUUUUUUCAGUAGCUUACCGGUUUUUCUCCAAAAUAUGCAGUGAGUAGAAUGAAGAGACCCUGUAAGAGAUGAAAAACAACAACAUUAAAACCUUGUGACAUGAAGAAGGAAAAGUCUACUCCUACUCCCCCCCCCUCCUGCGUUAGACGUUGUCUACCCCCCCCCUCCUGCGUUAGACGUUGUCUACUCCUACUCCUCCACUCCUGCGUUAGACGUCGUCUACUCCUUCCCUCCUGCGUUAGACGUCGUCUACUCCUUCCCUCCUGCGUUAGACGUCGUCUACUCCUUCCCUCCUGCGUUAGACGUCGUCUACUCC